AUGUUCUACAGCCACGAGGUGCUCACAAGCCGCAAGUAUGGCGUUGCGACCAUCUGGUUGGUCGCGACUCUGGGCUCCAAGUCCACCACCUCGAAAAAGGUGACUCGCAAAGCCAUCCUCAACGUCAACGUUCCGAAAGCAUGCGAAACAAUCCUAGAGCCCGAAGUUCCGCUCGCUCUCCGUCUCCAAAGUAGCCUUCUCUAUGGUGUCACCAGAGUCUACUCGCAGCAGUGCAGUUACGUUUUAGCCGAUGCGCAGAACGCACAAAACAACAUCCGCACGGCCCUGGUGGCGAUUAUCAGGGACACUGAGCUUGAUCCUGAGGCGGGACGUACGAGACCCGACCAACUCCUUCUCGAGGAUGAUCCGUCGUACCUGCCUGACUUCGCUCUCGCGCCUCUCUACCUUAGCGACUCGGAGCUCGAGCCUCCGUCGCUCACUCGUUCAAGCAGCCUGUCAUCGCUUCACCACUCGCGCACUCCACGACGGAGCAUUUCGUUAGAGGACCAGCAGGGUGGCCCGGUCUUCGGAAUCCAGUUGCCAAGCUCUGAUAGCGGCGGCCCCAGUGGUAUCGGCGGCUUCGUCGUGCCGGGAGAUGAGGGCCCGGGUACAAGGGUUCCCGGUGGAAGCGCUUUAGACAUCGAGAACGAAGGCUUCGAACCAGGCGUGGAUUUUGGCUUCGAUGCCGAGGGAAACCUCAUUGAGCAUGCAUUUGCCGACAAGCUUCAGAGGACACCUUCUAACGCUGCGAGGCCGGAUCCGCUCAGUAGGGCCCUGCCAAGUAGUUCUGCUGCGAGUGCGAGGGCUCGGCAAGAACAUGAAGAAGCUCAGCAGUUUGGAGCCGAUUAUGGUGAACAAAUUGACAUCGAUAUACCAAUCGUCGAUGAUGACGAAGUUGAUCUCUUACCUGAGGCUCAGCCGUUUCCCUCCACUCAUGAUCGCUUGAGCUCCGCUGCUUCCGGACGCCCGGAUGAGGGUGAGGAAAUUACUGAGUCAUCGUCUGUCGUCCAGGCACCUAUCCGCCGCCAAUAUAAACGCCGUGCCAUUCAGAUGGACCAGACUAUGGAGCUUCGCAACGCAGAACUUGCUGGCUGGAUGAACGGCUACGUCGAUAACAUGAACGAGGCGAGAAAGCAGAAGCAAGCUCUUCUUAUCACGUCCCAGGCCAAAAAGAACGCUGAGUACUGGGUUCUGGGCUUGGGUCUUGGUGGCAUAGGUGCUAUUGUAGGUAACACAGGCCUUGCUGGGCCACUCGAUCAGUUCAGGGGCGAUGCACUGCUGCUUUCCCUUGGGAUCGAUAGGAAUGUGGCUAAGAAGAAACGUGGACGUCCGCGUGCCGACGACCAAGACCAGUCUGAUGAAGAUGGCAGACGUGUACGUCGGCGCUCGGAGGAAGAAGAGGUUGCCCGUGGUGAGAUGGAGGAUGGUGGGUUCGUCAAUGUUGAAGAAGAGGAGCAGGACAUCGAAGCUCCUCGCGAGGCAGAACCGGAGCAGGAAGAACGCGAUCUCGACCAGAUGUUUCCGUGGAACGUAACAGCAUCGGUCCGCGAUUCUUCUCGAGCUCCCAGUGCACGUCGUGCUCUCGGGUUUGGCGGGUCGGGCAUCUCAAGUUCAGCUGGCGGAUCCGCCGGCGGCUUGCCAGGUUCGCUCGGACGCAGGGGACGGUUGGUCAGUGAAAGUCCUCUCCAUGGCCGCGGUCAUCGCCACAAUCUCGAGCCUCUUCCCAGCUCUGAAGCCGCCGUCGAUCUGGAAGAUUAUACCCUUGGUGGAAUGGGCGAAGACGUCAGCAUCGGUGAAGGUUCUCAGUUCGAGAUGCACGGUGCUGCUGCUGCAGACACCCAGGCCACGACCGACUCGCAACUCGCUCGUACGGCCUUCGCGAGGGAGAUGGAGAACUUCGGCCUGUUCAUCUUCGACAGACUCAAGCAGAAGGAAGAAGCUAUUGCUGCCGAGGGUUCUCAGUCCAUUGGAGGCGUCAACGAGGUCUUGUUCGAAGACAUUCUUCCCCCGCAGUCGACCACAAGCAUUGUUGCUGCCCAGGGCUUUAUGCACCUGCUCGCCCUGACGACCCAAGGUCGUGUCUCGACCAGGCAAGAUGAGCCGUUCGGCGAAAUCGGCAUGAGCUUGCCUUAUGCUGAUGAGGCUGAGACUGCCCAGUGA